AUGCAGUUCUUGACUUUCGAGGAUUUUAUCCGCUGUGUGCCAGGUGUUUUCAUCAUCAUGUUGACCGACCUGGUGGGUCACAUUGGCCAUGUGAAUGACCUUUCUCAAGUGCCCAGCUUUCACUACGUCAACCAUGCCUUUCCGUAUGCCAUUCAGGCUACAACGGAGCUGAUGAAAGCUGGUUGGAACCUCAUUCCGCUAUGGAAGUCUGUGAAGGCUGUGGCACAGAUGGCCCAUUAUGGCAACCUUGGACGCCUGCAUCGAGCCAUCACGCCCUGCGAUGCACAGACCGAGAGGGCUGCCGUGCAGCUCAUGAGCGGACUCCAGCGAGGAAUCGUUGAACAGGAUGUUCAGCAGCUCCGCAGGGCAGCGGCAUCAGUGCCAGCCUCUUGGAGGUUGAGCCAAUGGUCACAGAAUUGUUCAUGCUGCAUGGUUCCUGCUGCCUUGGCAAUCGCAGGCAUGCGAAACUUGGUGGUGAACAAGGAGCGCUUCCUUUCGGCACUUCACUUCAUGCACCUCGCUGCCAAGGGCAACUGGGUGGAUCUCCUUCUAUGGAAUCCAUGGCCUGUAUUGGAGAUCUUAGAGGCUUUCCUCCCAUGGCCACAGCGUGUCAUUCAGCUGGUCACCGUGCAGGGCUACGAGGAGGAGGAAUCGUGCUUCAAGCAAGGCCCCAGAUCUUCCAGCCGACACGUGUCGAUACCGACAGGCUCGAAACACUGUGAGACAGGCAGGGACGUGGUCGCAGUUCUGCUCCGGGGCCGCAGUUUUGUAUGGCGCCGUGGUGUUCACUGGCGCAGUGGAGGACUCUUGGGACUGCCGGAGUCUGUCGUGGAGCAGCUCGUCGCUGCAGAGUCGCACAUGGCACAGCUGGUGCGGCCUUUAGAGGACCUCGGCUUCCAGGUGGAAAUCUAUGGUGCCACCUAUGAGACUCCCUACCUGGAAGAGCUUCAGGCUGCUUAUCGGCCCAGUUUGGUGAAGAACUUCACUUUAUUAAGACCUCCUGGCUCCCAAUUGGAAGGGUUGAGUGCAGCUCUGGCCCUGCUGCCUGAUGACCCAUGUAUUCAGCACGUGGUGCUCCUUCGCUUCGACUUAAUCCUGAAGCGCCCCUUGGUGCCCUUCAUCCAGCGUGCUUGGCGUGCACAGCAGGACUUCAUCGUUCCAUUUUGGUGUGAAGUGUCCAAGAUCUCGCAAAUUGGUGGUGAACUUUGUGUGUCUGAUGUCCUGCAAAUGUUUCCCGCAAGAUAUGCAGGCUACGUGCAAAAAGCCUUACAAGACUUUAGCUCAGCUGGUAUUAGUCACUUCCACAAGUGGGUGCUUCAGAUGACUCAGCUGGGUGUUCUGCCAAGUCAAGUUGGCGUGUUGGUGCGACGACGCUUUGUCACAGAUCCGGCCGGGCAGUGGAAUCCUCUCUAUGAUUUUGCCAACCGAGAACGUCGACCACCCUCUCUGGAGCUGCGCCAUCAGAACUGGACGAUUUGA